GCUGCCACCACCGCUGGGUCUCAGUGGGUGCCUGCGCCCUCUCGCCGCCCGCCUGACCCGGGCCGUCCCGAAACUUGCUCCACCCGCCGCGGGUGCUAGGCAGUGCUGCCCAUGGCCCAACCUAGGAGCCUAUUUAGGGCGCCCGACGGACGGGACGGUGGCGCCGCUCAGUAAUUGAAGGCCUGAGGCACCAAUGUGCCACUGACUGGGAGGCUUCCCUGCUGCGGCGCUUCAUGACCCAGCGGCGCGCGGCCCAGUGAAGCCGCCGUGGUGUCCAGCAUGGCCGCGCUGCUCCUGGGCGCGGUGCUGCUGCUGGCCCAGCCCCAGCUAGUGCCUUCCCGCCCCGCGGAGCUGGGCCAGCAGGAGCUUCUGCGGAAAGCGGGGACCCUCCAGGAUGACGUCCGCGAAGGCACGGCCCCGAACGGCUCUGCCCAGCAGCUGCCGCAGACCAUCAUCAUCGGCGUGCGCAAGGGCGGCACGCGCGCGCUGCUGGAGAUGCUCAGCCUGCACCCCGACGUGGCGGCCGCGGAGAACGAGGUCCACUUCUUCGACUGGGAGGAGCAUUACAACCACGGCCUGGGCUGGUACCUCAGCCAGAUGCCCUUCUCCUGGCCUCACCAGCUCACGGUGGAAAAGACCCCCGCGUACUUCACGUCGCCCAAAGUGCCUGAGCGAGUGCACAGCAUGAACCCGUCCAUCCGGCUGCUGCUCAUCCUGCGAGACCCGUCAGAGCGCGUGCUCUCCGACUACACCCAAGUGUUCUACAACCACAUGCAGAAGCGCAAGCCCUACCCGUCCAUUGAGGAGUUCCUGGUGCGCGACGGCCGGCUCAACGUGGACUACAAGGCCCUCAACCGCAGCCUCUACCACGUGCACAUGCAGAACUGGCUGCGCUUCUUCCCGGUGCGCCACAUCCACAUCGUGGACGGCGACCGCCUCAUCAGGGACCCUUUCCCCGAGAUCCAAAAGGUCGAGAGGUUCCUGAAGCUGUCGCCGCAGAUCAAUGCCUCGAACUUCUACUUUAACAAAACCAAGGGCUUUUACUGCCUGCGGGACAGCGGCCGGGACCGCUGCUUACAUGAGUCCAAAGGUCGGGCGCACCCCCAGGUGGAUCCCAAACUACUCAAUAAACUGCACGAAUAUUUUCAUGAGCCAAAUAAGAAAUUCUUCGAGCUUGUUGGCAGGACAUUUGACUGGCACUGAUUUGCAAUAAGUUAAGCUCAGAAACUUUCCUACUGUGCCAAAUAUCUUCCAUCCUAAGAGGUAUGUCCCAGCUACAGGAAGGGCAAGAAGAAGCCUGCAUUUUUCUCAGCAGUGUUAUCAGGGAAGUGAGUCACCUUGGUAUGUUUCAGCAGCUCCAGUCCGACCUGACCUUAGCAUGGCCUGUGCCCCACCCUAUAUCAUGCACAGAGAGCAGAGAGGAUGCCCUCCUCUUUAGAAUCCAUUAAAGUUGUCAUUAAACCAUCAUCUCCCCAGAGGAAGUAGCAAAAAUAUUUACAGCAGGCUUCUGGUGGACAUGGUACUUUUCAAUAGCCAGAGAGCCUCCCUCUGCAGUGCGUCAUUGGAUCUUGCUUUUAUCACACUUGUCGAAGAGCUGAAGAAAUAAGAGGGCCCAGAAAGGUUAAGUCAAGUUUCCAAACCUGUUCAGGAAUAUGGGUGACUGAAAGGAAAGUGCAGUGAGAGUCUCUGACUCUGAAGAAGAUGUUCUUUGCAAACUGCCUGUAAGUCCUGUGCCCUAACAGGGAUGGUCUAGUUGAAGCAUGACCUGUUGGUGCAAGAGCUGGGGGUAGGAGUGGAGGAAGACAGGACCAGCACAUGGAACAUAAUCUAGCUACUGGGGCUGGCAUCGUCAAUGGAGGGUGUAGUCCAGCGUAAAAUGAUCAGUGGAUGUAAAUUUGAUAUGUUUUUAUUUGGGGGUGCAGAGUCGUGACUAAAGGAAUGUUCAAAUGAGUCUACCAUGAGCAAGGAAUCGGGGAUCCUAGCAGCAAUGUCUGUUUAUUCAUUUUUGGUACAACCCCAGCCAGUCCUUGAAAAGGUAAGAAGCCAUCACUCCAGACUUACCCAAGGUAUUUAUUAAUAGAUCUCACCAAUCACUGUGAAAUUCAAAGAAGGCCCUGAAGUAGACCCUGACCUGUCCUGAUAGAGCCAAAAUGCAGUGACUUGGGCACCUACUAGGCACAGAUCCCUCCCAAACAUGCCUCCUACCAAUUCCAUUAACAGAGACAGGCGCCAGCCUGAUAUAGGUGAGUCCUUCCAGAGAGGCAGCUGAGAGCAACCGAGCCAAACUUCAGCUAUUAGAUUCAGCAUAUUCACACGCAUGGCAUUGCAGAGUCAGAACAGCCCCUCCUGGAAUAAGACAGGGUUGAAAUCCUUUUGACACCCUCUGGUUACCAGCUCACAGCCUGAAAGUUAGCGAGCUUAGGAAAAGUAAUGUGCCUCUGAGCACAGGGCGCUUUACUCCUGUCCUGGGAGGCUUACCCACCUGAAAGGAGUUGCAGGCAGGGGAGGCCGAUGCCCAGCGUGCCUGCUGAUUGCAGGGGUGGGGUCACAGGUCACCAUUAUUUAUUAAAAUUGUACUUUCUUGAGCUACUACCACAUGCUCAACGUGGUAUUAAGCCCUCAAGAAUAUAAAAAGGAAAUAUAACAGGAACUAGCAGUCACUAACUAUUUGUUCUGGGUUUUAAUAAAAAUACACAGGGUCUUGCAGUGCAAGGGAAAAGACAUGUGGCUGUGUAUGGUGUGGGUGGGGAGAUGUGUUUCAUGGUUUGGCAUUCAGUUCAGCAACAUCCCUGGGAGAAAUCAGCUAGCCCCCUUAUAGAGAAGAGGUAACCGAGAUUUAAAAGUGGCCCUGGUCUCAAAUCAUUUUUUUCAGAAGAAAGGAUUCUUGCUCACGCCAGGGAAAUAGCCCAGAAAUGGGAAAUGUUGAUAACACAUAUCACAAGAGUAGGUGAAAAUAUCAGAGACUCUCUCCAGAAUGUCAUUUGUCAGAAAUGCUAAGAGAUGGAGAAUCUUCCUAGAGGUCACACAGCAGGGCAGGUCACUUAAUUUGUGGGCCACAGGGACCCUGACCUUCCUAUGGGAAGGCUUCAUGGUGGGAUUUCCAUAAAGCUGUGGCAUGGAUGGCAAUGGUGUCACCAGAGCAGGGCAUUCCAAACAAGGGAAGCUUUAGACAUCAAGACAGUGGUCAUGGGGAAGGGCCGGGGGUAGAAGGUAGAGGAAGGCAAGAGAUGUGUCUAAGUGGCAUGCCAAAUGUGUUAAACUCGAUGAGAGGCUGCUGCUUUCCAAGGCUGGAGUGCUGGACACUUACUUAGCAGGCACCCAUGUGUCUUUGGCUCCUGGCAGCUGUAUCUGUCGCAUAAAAAUAACUAUCCUUUAUUGCACACCUGCCGUGUGCUUGGUAUUUCAAAUAUGUUGCUUAUAACCAACACAACAACUCUGAGAGUUAGGAAAUAGGUUACUAAUUUUAAAGAAAAGAAAACUCAGAAAUUACAGGGCUUGCCCAUGUUGAUAGAGACAUUCUUCUUACAAAGGAAAUUUUGUCUCCAAUGUCUUUACUCUGCUUUUUUUCCAGUCCAUCUAUUUGUGGAGGAAGACAUAAGACAUAAAGCAUAUGUGUCUGUCUAUUAGGCAGAGCCUGUAAAGGAAAUGAUGGGCAUCUAGGUUUUGGGUUGGGACAGUUAGGGUGAUGCCAAGAUCACCUUCAAGAAAAGCAGUGGCUGGGGUUUGAUGUAACAGAGACGUGAUAAAACAUGCUUCUAACUGGAAGCAGCUGAUUGAGGAAGACUCAACCUGAGCUAAGGCCAGAGCAACGUGCAGAGUUUUCUGAACAGCACACUAGGAAAGAAGGCCAAAGCUAAGGACAUCAUCCGAUUCAGUUGUCUCACUAAACUGUUUUGAUGUAGGAAAUUACCUUGGUGCUUUAGUUCUCCCUGACAUCAGGACCUUUACUCCAUUUUGCCCAAUGUCCCAGAUAGAUCACAGGAGAGAGAGAGAGCCAGAGGACAUGGGUGUGCAUCCUUACUCUACCAAUCUCUGGUCAUGGGAUCUUAGAUUCAGAUUCUGAGAAACUCAAUUUCCUUCUCAAUAAAAAUGGGCAGAGAAUGUACUUUACUCUGUUUUGGGGAAAACUCAAAUUCAGUGAGAUAAAGUAGGUAAAAAGUAUAAACUCAGUGCAUAUGUUACUUAGUGUUUAAAAACCUUUGGGAGUUUAGGAGACAGAAUAAAACUGCUUUUGAACCAUUCCACAGACAUGCACUGCCUUUUUCCCUCCUUUACUUACUUCCCAGCUAUGUGACUACACCUAUUGCUGUUCACACUCCAUCCAGACCUCACUUACCAGGGAAGUGCUCUUAGCCCCAGCUGCUACAAAGGUUGGCUUCUGGUGGCUCACCCUGUACUAUUUUCUGAAGGAUUUCCCUUCGUUGGCAGGAGUUUCCUCACCUGAAGAUGCCUGGGAAGUGUUGCCAACCCACUCCCCUGCUUUCCUAAGCUUAGGGCAUGACUGAUGAUUGGCUGACCAAUGUGGGAUGGAGCAUGGGGGUAUUAGGGUAAUAGUCCACUCUCAUCGCCUCUGGGCAGGACAACCUCUGGUGCAACUCAUGCUCAGAGCUCCUUGUGAGAUCAGGCUGAGGCUAGACUUCCCCUGAAAUGCUACUUUUGCUUAUUUCUUCACAAACUUCAUCCUUUUCCCCAUUACCUUCCCCAUUUGUUCUGCUACCCUAUUCUCAGUAAAUGUGUUUUUCAAGAAUACAGGAAUCCCCUCCUCAGGCUUUGCAUCUGGAACAUCCACUCUAAGAUCUUAACCUUGCAUGUAUGUUUUCUUCUCUCUGUAUUUUAAAUGUAUAAUAUGAUCAACCCACGGGUUAUUAGGAUUCUUCCAAUUAAAUGAGAGAUAGCAGAGAAUGAGACUAUUUUAUUGGCCAGCAAAUAGCAAAGUGUUAAAUACAAUCAUGGAUGAAAUUGUUACCAGUAGUAUGCUCUUUUUUUGGCCCACCCGACUACCAACAUGGUAUAAUGCAUCAAUAUCAAACUUAAACUCCACUUCUAUAAAACAAUUCUGAGCCCAACAAAUAUGAAUAUAUUGCUUCAACUUAUGUAGCGAUGUCUUACAUUUCUAUUGCUUGAUAAAUAUUCCACUUAGAACUA